AUGGCAGACACCGAGCAGCCAGUAAAGGUGGACGAGCCCACACAGGAGCUCAUCAAAGCCUUUGGCCAGCAGCAGCGUCAGUUGCAGAAGCUCGCAGAUCAACAACGUGCAGCCUGGGAUGUGGCCAUGCUCAAUUCCUUCGCAGCUCUCGAAGAGAGUGUGCUUCGUGCCUGUCGUGCAAGACUGGCAGCAGAGGCCAUUACUGGUGUCAGCACACAGGAUGUGUUUCCAGCCGGGGAUGAUGAGUUUCCACGUCAGAAUUCGGACGCUUCAGAAGGCACUGUGAGCUCUGUCAUCUCUGACAUUUCACCGCCAGAAUCUCCGAGGCAGACCACGGGCGAGUCCCAGGAUGGGCCGAAGAAGCACCAUCGCAGCAAGGGGCGCAAAGAGACCAGUGGCUCCAAGUCAUCUAAAAGAAAAGGUACUAUGAACGAUUUGCUCCAAGGCGCAGAGAUCCAAAGCAAGAAGCCAUCGGGCGGUCAGUUGGCAUUGCAGAAGUUCCGGCACUAUUUGGACCACGUGGCCGGAGGCCUCGUCCUCUUGAACUCCAUCCUGCUCAUGGUGCAACUAGAGCUUGAGGGGAGGCAGCUGGCUCUGGAGUUGGGUCUUCCGGACGGGGAGAGCUUUGAGAGCAUGAUGCCAAUAUUUUCUGCCCUAGAUACAAUUUUUGUCUUCGUGUUCUUGGUGGAGCUCCUGAUCCGGAUCGGCUUGGAGAGGUGUGUUUUCCUAAAGGACAUCGCCAAUUGGCUGGACUUCAUUUUGGUCGCCGGGGGUAUGAUCGACCUUGUGCUCAGCUCCCAAGCCAUGGGAGGAGGUGACCAGAAUGCGCAAGACAUGGUUACCCUCCGCUUCGUGUCCGCCCUCAAAGCCUUCCGCGCCAUUCGGAUGGUUCGGAGCUUCCGGUUUUCGCCAGGACUUCGCAUGCUUGUCAAAGCUUGCCAAUGUUGCUUACCAUCCCUUUGCUGGUCAAUGCUUCUCCUUGCAGUGUUCAUGUGCAUGGGCGCCUUGAUUCUGGGCAAUCUGCUACAGGAUUACAUCAGAGAUGGAGCACAAAGCAUGGUCGACAGGCAAUGGGUGUGGGAACGAUAUGGAACGACUUAUCGGGCGACGUAUACACUGUACGAAAUCACCUUUGCAGGAAAUUGGCCCACGAAUGUGCGCCCAAUCCUGGACAAGGUCAGUCACGCCUUCGUCAUCUUCUACUUGCUGUACAUAACAGUUAUUGUAUUCGCAGUUAUACGUGUGAUAUCGGCGAUCUUCUUGAAGGACACGCUGGACGAAGCUAACAAUGAUGCUCAACAUCUUGUGCUCGACCGCAUGCGCAAGAGGGCGGUGUAUGUCCAACGACUAGAGGCUGUUUUCCACGCUAUUAUCGAGCACGAUCACGAGGGGCAGGACAAAAAUGUAUUGACGGAGCAGCGCUUGGUUGAGAUCUUGGCAGACCCGAAAGUCAAAGCAUAUUUUUCAACGUUGGAAAUCGAUGUACAAGAAAGCGCAGCCUUGUUUAAUCUCCUUGAUAACGGAGAUGGCCAAGUGACUUUAGAGGAGUUCAUCAACGGGAUCAUGCGGUGCAAAGGACCUGCAAGGGCUAUCGAUACCUUUGCUUUGCAUUCUGAUGUCAAGCAGUUGGACGCUAAGCUGCGGGCUUUGAUGCGAAUGAACCAUCUUAGCCAAGGUGAACCACCAGAAAAGCCAGUCGCCAAGAUCCUGACGCAGGAAGACAGCCCUUGGGAGAACCCAGCGGAGUCUUGGUCCAAUUCGGAGACCUCAGGAACAGGAACCCGACAAGUUCGUUAUUAUAGAAACAAUGACAAGAAAACAAUCUCAAUGUUCUUGCUUUUGUUCUGA